GCGGCCGUCGGGUAUAUCAUGGAUCGGAGUAACCUAAAGCGCAUAGAAGUCUCGAGAAGAAAGGGCGUCAAACUGCAGGUCACGAAUCAGCUAAGAAAUGUCUAGGACGUUGGUGCAGCCGGUAGGGCAGAAACGACUCACGAACGUAGCCGUUGUUCGUCUCAAGAAACAUGGAAACCGAUUCGAAAUUGCUUGUUACAAGAACAAAGUCCUCUCAUGGCGCUCUGGCGUUGAGAGAGAUCUGGAUGAAGUGUUACAAUCACACACCGUUUACACAAAUGUUGGGAAGGGAGUUCUUGCAAAGUCUAAAGAUCUACUGGCGGCUUUUGGGAUGGAUGAUCAGACAAAAAUCUGUCUGGAGAUUUUGGAGAAAGGAGAACUGCAAGUUGCAGGAAAGGAGAGAGAAUCACAAUUAUCAAAUCAGUUUAGGGACAUUGCAACUAUUGUUAUGCUGAAGACUAUCAAUCCUGAAACGCAGCGCCCAUAUACUAUAAGCAUGAUUGAGCGUUUGAUGCAUGAAAUUCACUUUGCUGUAGAUCCACAUAGCAAUUCAAAGAAACAGGCAUUAGAUGUCAUCCGGGAACUUCAGAAGCAUUUCCCAAUAAAGAGGUCUCCAAUGAGACUAAGAUUAACGUUACCACAACAGAACUUUGAUUCUCUUGCAGAGAAACUCACUGAGUGGAAAACCGUCACUGUUUCCAAAGAUGAAUCUGGAAGUCAGGUCUCUAUUGUAUGUGAAAUGGACCCAGGAUUAUUCCGCGAUUGUGAUGCGUUUGUGAGGAAUCUGCAAGGGAGGUCUGAAAUUCUAGCAAUCUCGGUACAUGGUGAAGGUGAUAUCCAUGCCGAUCAUUAUGAGGGUCAUGAGGAAGUAUCGUCAAGCGAAUCUAAAAAACCGACAGAAGACGUUGUCCAGUUGAGCGAGAAAAUACAAAAGCAGACUUUGUCUGCCGAUGACACUCAAGGUCAGGUGAAGCAAAACAAGUGCAGUACGUGUGAUGCAAUUGUGGGGGAUGCUAAACAGUAUAGAGAACACUUCAAGAGUGAUUGGCACAAGCAUAACUUGAAGCGAAAAACAAGGCAAUUGCCUCCCCUUUCUGCCGACGAAUGCAGGGCUGAUGAGGAAAUGAGCGACUCGAAAUCAGAUCUGAAUGAAUACUCCUUUUAAGUUAUUGUUAGUAAAAUCAGAUCUGAAUACGUUCCUGUUGAUCACAAGGACUUUGUACUCGUACGUUUAUGUUAUAUCUCGAUCUUUUAUGCUUGUUUUCGUUUGGUUUGAAUGUAAUUGCUUUUGUACUUGUGUGAAAUGCAAACUUGAUCAUUGGCUUUAAA